AAUGUAUGUAUGUAUGUAUGUAUGUAUGUAUGUAUGUAUGUAUGUAUGUAUGUAUGUAUGUAUGUAUAUAUGUAUGUAUAUAUGUAUAUAUGUGCUUGAGAAUAAAGUUUACUUCAGUAAAAUAUAUAUAUAUCAAAUUAUGAUUUCCAAAAAUCAAAUUCAGAAUUCGUCUUUCUUAUCAUUCAAAGAGGAAUUGUACGAAUCAGCUCUGUUAAAAAUUAAUAAAUAUAAUAUUUUUCGAGAUUCAUGAUUGAUAUUGCGCACAUAUACACAUAAAGCAUUAUUAGUUUUUUAAGAUAUAAAAUUAAUAAUUAAUUUAUGAGUUAAAAUAAUGAUUUGUCCUGUAGCAUAAAAAUUUCUAUUUUAGAAUUUUUGUGUAUAUUUGCUAUAUUUUGUGGUACAAUCACUAUAACAGAGUUAUAAGAUAAUUUAUGAUUCUGAGAUUAACUUAUAUAUUUUAUAGGGCAAAUGUUUGCUUUAACUCAUAAAUUGAUUAUUAAUUUUAUAUUUUGAAAACGCAAUGUCAAAUGUCAAUAUUCUGAAUCUUGAAAUGUGUUAGAUUUAUUAACUUUUGACAUAGAUGAUCCAUCUGGUUUCUUCUUAAUAAUUACUAAUUUUUUUAUCCGCUACUCUACUCUCUGUUAAAAUUUUAAAAAUAUUAUUCUUUGUUUAAUAAACGCUUUAUUUUCCUGUGACAAACGGAGAACGGCUUCAAAUAAAUUGAAGCUCGUUAAUCGUAAGAAGAGGUCAGUAGUGCAGUUUAGCCGUUUGUAUAAGAGCAGCUCCAACAUCAGUAACUCCAUUAAAGUGGAUCAACGUUGCACGGUGUCACGAUGAACGUGGUAGUAAUACCGUUCUUCUUAGCGGCGCAUCUCUCUACCGAUGAAACGUGGGCGCAUGGACCGGAAUACACGUUUCAGAUCCAGGUGAACUGCACUGCAAUCCCAGAGGAGGGCAUUUACGGUAGUGUACGGUUGAAUUUGGAAUCAAAGCUGAUCUGCCAGCCAUUGAAGAAUGGUCACUCGUUGAGCUGUCACUUCGAAGACUCGAAGGCGAACAGUUUCAUCACGAAUAAUCUGAAUCCGUCGGAACCGGCGACGCCAACUGGACAAGUGAAUCGACAGCCAGCUUAUGAAAUUAACGAGGAUCAAUUUGAGAUCAAGUUCAACAAGCGAGGAUUGGACGAUCUCGUAGUAAACGAGAAUAUUCAGCCACGCGAGCUGGACAUGAUCAGGUUGAUCGUGGGUCAGUUGAGCGUGGGCGCCAUUCUCGAUGGCAUCAGCAAUGACGUGACUUUUGAUGCGAUGGAGAACUUUACCCAGGGCGAGUGUUACACAACUUUCAAGAUUGACAAGAAGCUUGUGGAUCAUUCGUUAUAUGAGAAAUCGAAUUAUGCGCUCAGGCCGGUCUUUGGAUUGAGGGACGGAAAACUGGUGCAAAUACGAAAAAUCAGGAAUCUAUACAUGUGCGCGCAUAAGGUACCAUAUUUCUUUGGCAGUGCCGAUAGUUUCCAAGAAGAAAGCGACAUUAUAUCUGACGCAAGCUUAUCAAAUGGACAUAUCAUCAUAACGUCAAGAGAAUUCAUAUCCGGUACGUCGAACGUGAUAACAAGAAGCAAAAUAAACGAGGAAGUGGUAACAACUCUUUAUGAGAACGUACGGCUCAGUCUCGAAUCGAUUCAACCCGCGGAGAACGAGCCGCCAACUGUGAAGGAAGCAGAAUUUGCUAGCAUCUUCAUAGGCAGAUGGUUAAUAGACAACUCAUCUGAAGAAGAUAAUUGACAUAUCGAGAAGUUUCUUUUGUGCACGAAUGACGCGUGUGAGACAAAAAAUUAAGAAAUUCUUUUGUUGCAAAGUGUGACUUAUAUUAAUUUGAUUAAGCCAUUUAUCGUGUAAAUUAUAGAGCUAUAUUCAGAUUAAGAUAAAUAUGCGAGAAACGAUGCGUUUCUGCGUUUAACAUAUUAAAAAAAAUAUAUUUUGUGUAAAUAAAUGGUAUAAGUAUAAAUUAUAAAUUAAAGCAAACUGUAAAACUAUUAUAAUUUUAAUUAAUUAAUUAAAAAAGUGUUGUUGUGAAAGUGCUAUACAUUUUAAUGUGUAAAAGUGUACAGUGAUAACAAAAUUUUGUUACUUGUAUAAUAUUAUAAAAGCGGUUGACUUUAUAAGAUAAUAAGAUAAAUAAAAAAUAAAAAAUAAAA